AUGGAUGAUACCGCCAAGCAACCAGCAAGCGAGGCGUUGUCGGAUGAUGAGAAGGAGCCAAAGGAAGAAACCAAAUCGUGUACUGUCGCAACUGCAGCUGUUUGGUCGACUGCCAACGAUGAUUGCAUUCUCUUUGGCAGAGGGAAAGGUUGCAAUAAUCAUCCUGGAAACAAGAGAAUGCGACUUGUCAUAGAAGGUUACAGAGAUCGGUAUCAAGGUGCCGGACGCGGAGGGAAGAGAAAACUUGUUUAUCAAAUCUACAAAGAACUGAUCGAAGCGGGGAUGAAGUUUUUGAAGCAGGAGGAGGGACUAGAUGGAUGGGUCGAAGCGGACGCUGAUGAAGCUAUCAAGAAGGUGGGCCAUGCAAUGCGGUGUCCCAGGAUCAGAAUACGAAAUGAAGCAGUAGACUUGGGUGACCGAUCCAAUGUUGCCAGUGGUUUCUCAGCAGCAGUGUACCCACAUGCACGAGCUCAUGCUGGCCAAAUGCUGUUAAACAAUUCGGCUGUCAUUGGCCGAGACAGUAGUAUUCCUGGGCUGCUAGGUUUGCCUAGUAUGUCCUCCGCUGUUGCAAGAGCCGGAUUUCUGUCCCGGGGCACGAUGGAACAUCAGGAGGCGCUGAGAGUGGGGCUGGGCAUGAUAGGCCUAUCCGACCCACUAUCACUUUCUUUGCGACGUAUUCCUAUGCAAAUGGAUCUGACUUCCUUGCACGCAGGUGCAUCAUCGGCAUCGAUGGGAUUCACAGCACCAGCCAUGGGCCUGAAUGGAUUGUCAUCAUCGGCUCUUGAGUUGUUGAUUAGGUUUGAGCGGGAGCGCCAGCUUCGGCAAGCCAUGCUGAGCAUCAUCAAUCUCAGAAGGAACACAGAACAGCGUUGA